UAUUAUAAAAAGGUGGAAUUUCGCUACUCAAGAUACUGUCAGGUCAAGAACCACCAUAGCAUUUCCAGCUUGUUGCUUGACAGCUGCUUUGCACACGCAGAUCUCAAAUAUCCGUGCGUGCGUGCGCCCAUCGGUCACGUCACUUGCCGACCCAUUUUCCAGCAUGCCCGUGGUAUGCGUCCCGGGUGGAAAUACUUCAGAGCGCGGUAAGCGAUGAGCUUAUUGAGCGGAAGCUCAAAAGACAAUUGUCACCUUAUUAGUACACUUAUCGGUGAUGGUUACGUCGCUCCAAACAGAAGUCCCUCCAGCCAGAGUCUGUCGGACAUAGUUCCGCCUUCUCGGCCGGCGUUAGUAAACGUUGGAGUGGGGGCCCGUCUUCUUAUCGUGCCGCCGUUUCUUAUCGCAACUGGAAAUUUUCUGAAUCCCAACCGCCAGGCUUGUUGUCCCACCCACGUUAUUGCCUACACGGACUUGGUCAAUCAACAGCCACCACGACCGACCGACAUGGCGAAGAAAAGAAAGGCUUCUGGCCGCAAUACGCAGCCGACAGGGCCCCGCGAGGUCGACGCUGCAGAUGCGCGCCUCGGGCCCAUUACCAGUUACAAAGAUGUCGCAGAUUCGGAGGACGAAUACUUCAUCAACCGAGACCAGAUCAUGAUCGAUGAUGAGCCGAAUAUGAAGCGCAGGAAGAGGGCUGGCGACGACAUUGAGCUCUCGGACGACGACCUCGACGAUCUCGACGAUGAUUCCGAAGAGGCGGAUGAAGUAGACGACGUGGAUGUCAAGCAGCUGGCCAAGUCCAAGAGGUUGACAAAGGGAGUCCAGUCGGACGAAGAGGAAGGUGACGGCGAGGAGGAGGGCGACGACAGGUGGUGGGGGUCUUCGAGGAAGGAGUACUACAACGCCGACAUGAUUGAGACGGAGGCCGAUGCGCUCGAAGAAGAAGCUGAGGCAAAGCGUCUGCAACAGAAGAAGCUCUCCAAAAUGACCGACGAGGAUUUCAUGUUCGACGGCGACGAGUGGCUGGCGACUGAAGGAUCAAAAGAGGACGAGGCUGACCAGCCGGUUACCGAAGUGCUGAAAGAGGUCGAAAUCACAGACGAUAUGGGCACGGACGAGCGCCGACGACUGCUGAGGAUGCGGUAUCCUGAGUUUGAGCAUAUCGCGACGGAGCUUGAGCAACAGACUGCUGCUCUGGAAGUACUCAAGCAACAAGCCCAAGCUCGUGGCAGCAAGUCACUAGAAGCUGUCCAGUACUGGGUCCUGGGCUGCUACGUGGCGGCGUUAGCUGGAUAUUUUGCGAUCCUCUCCUCGCCUGCGCGCGAUUCUAGCAGGCAACAAAAGGCCCUGGAGGCAUUAGAGCUACGGGACCACGACGUCAUGGCGACUUUGGUCGAUUGUCGCGAAGCAUGGCGCAAGAUCAAAGACCUCAAGUCGUUACAAAGCGCAGAAGCGGAGGAAGAGGAGGUCGUCGCCCCUUACGACAUUGAGGGGCCCCUCGAUCAGACUGAGAAGAAGCUUCGGAAGAAGCAGAAGAAGGUCGCGGACAAGGCCCUGUCCGAGAAGAAGGCGAAGAAGAUGGCCAAGGCCCAAGCCGUGGAAGACAAGCUCGCUGACCUCUACGACCUGCCGCUCGUCACCAAGAAGACCAAGAAGAAGGAAAAGAGUGUCGCCGCCAAGGACGACUCCGACUCCGACUUUGGUGAAGAGACGAGCCUCGAUGCGCGCACCGCUGCCGACAAGGCCGCGCGUAAGAAGAGUCUCAAGUUCUACACGUCACAGGUCGCACAAAAGGCCAACCGUCGCGCUGGUGCCAGUCGCGACGCGGGUGGCGACAUGGACAUUCCCUACCGCGAGCGCCUCAAGGACCGACAAGCUCGUCUCCUCCGCGAAGCCGAGAACCGAGCCAAGUCCGGCUCGAAGACGGGCGCCGACCUGGACGACAACAGCGACAGCGAGGAGGAGACCCAUGCCAAGACGAUGCGCAACGACGAGGACGAGUACUACGACAUGGUCAAGCACACGUCCGACAAGAACAAGCAGGAUAAGUCGGCUCGGUACGCCGCGUUUGCCGCGGCCAGCAAGGCCGAUCGGGUUGUCGAGCGUGAGGAGGUCGGCCAGGACGGCAAGCGCAAGAUCACCUACGCCAUUGAGAAGAACAAGGGUCUCGCUCCCAAGAGGAAGAAGGAGGUGCGCAACCCCAGGGUGAAGAAGAAGAUGCAGUUCGAGGCCAAGCAGAAGAAGCUGGCCAGCAUGAAGCCGAUCUGGAAGGGCGGCGAGCCAAAGGGUGGCUACAGGGGAGAGGUGACGGGUAUCAACACUGGUGUCAUCAAGAGCACCAAGCUAUAGAAAGGAGCAUACAAUUGCAUAUAUCAACAUUUCUCGCCUGUAUAUUUAUAUUUUCCAUGAGACCUAUUACGCCGGGUGUUCAAGGAAUUGCCUGGCUUUGUGUUCUAG